GCCAGGAAGAAGCUGUGAGGACCGUUAUGUCUUCAACUUCAAACGUUUGUGACUCUGCUUGCUCCUUUUAGUUAAUAUUCUUUUACAAAACGCGUAAAGAAGUUUCCGUCACACCUUGAAGUUAUACAACCAGUAAUUUUCCAGAAGUGUGUCGGGGCAGCAGCAGCGGCUGGCCUCGUUAAGUUAGCACAUAAACUAAUCUAAAGUGAUGACCAGCACCAGCUGAGGGUCCUCAUCCUCCAUCAUGGGCACGGCCUCCUCCCUGGUCAGCCCCGGGGAGGUGAUCGAGGACGGCUACGGCGGGGAGGGCGGGGAGGCGUGUGAGAUCCCGGUGGAGGUGAAGCCCAAAGCCCGGCUGCUGCGGAGCUCGUUCCGCCGGGGCCCGCGGGUGAUCGGGGCCAGCUUCAAGUCCACCGGCUCCGUGGACCUGGAGUACGCUGCAGAGUACGAGAGGCUCCGCAAGGAGUACGAGAUCUUCAGGGUCAGCAAGAACAACGAGGUGUCCUCCAUGCAGAAGAAGGAGGCCAAGCUGGACGAGGAGAACAAGAGGCUGAGAGCAGAGCUGCAGGCUUUGCAGAAGACCUACCAGAAGAUCCUACGAGAAAAAGAAGGGGCCCUAGAGGCCAAGUACCAAGCAAUGGAGAGGGCUGCCACCUUUGAGCAUGAUAGGGACAAAGUAAAACGACAAUUUAAGAUUUUCCGGGAGACAAAAGAGAAGGAGAUACAGGAUCUCCUCCGGGCGAAGAGAGACUUGGAGGCCAAACUGCAGCAAUUACAGACUCAAGGCAUCCAGGUCUAUGAUCCCAACGACUCGGAUUCAGAUGACAACCAAACCACUGUGACAGCUGCAGGAACACAGUGCGAGUACUGGACCGGUGGGGUCCUGGGGAGUGAGCCCUCCAUGGGUAGCAUGAUGCAAUUACAACAGACUUUCAGAGGACCGGAGUUAGCACACAGCUUGAUAGAUGUGGAAGGACCUUUUGCAAAUGUCAGCAGAGAUGACUGGGACGCAGCUGUCGCCAGCCUGCUGCAGGUGUCACCUCACGUGCCCCAGGCUUUAUGGAGUAACACCGUGCGCUGCUACCUAAUCUGCACCCAGGAGACCAAAUCAGAGCUGGGAAUCUUUGUUAAGAAACACUCUUCAGUGUUGCGGCAAAUGUGUGAGGGUCUCGGCCAUUUCUACCUAAACGUUUUCUUCCCAGAAGAGGGCGCCGCCUCAUACUCCAUGGAGCGUAGGCUGGAGAUUGAAAGAAGUUCUGUGUGUGUGCUUCUGCUGAAAUCCACUGUCACGAGCUCUUUAGUGGAGGAUUGUGAGGAAGCGUUUGUGAAGAAUCCGGACGGCCAUCCACUGGUGCUCUACCUCCGGACCGAAGAGGAUCACAGUUUGACUGGACCGAUUAGGCAGCUGUUAGAGAGGGUCAAUGCAGCAGACAAGGCUGCCAAAAUCAAGGUGGUGGAUCAUAGUGGCUCUGCAGAAGAGGGAGCUGACCUGAUUUUUGCUCAAGUAGAGAAAGUCAUCAAGCAGGAAUUACUGGGUUUUGAAGGAGCAGAUGUGGACUCUAAGGAGUCUGUAAUAGAAGAGGGCCGCGAGGAAGACUCAGGUGAUGUGCUGUGGGACCUGCACGAUGAGCAGGAGCAGCUUGAAUCCUAUCAGCAGGCGUGUAGCAGCACCACCUCUCAGUUAGGCUUCCAAAAGUACAUAGAUCGUUUGAAUGACAUGAUAGCUGCCCCUCCUCCAACACCACCUCUGCUGAUAUCUGGUGGUCCAGGCUCAGGGAAGUCUCUCUUGCUCUCCAAGUGGAUCGAGCUGCAACAGAAACAAUCCCCAAACACCUUGUUCCUUUAUCAUUUUGUUGGUCGACCGCUUUCCACAAGCUCUGAGCCGGUUCUCAUCAUCAAACGCCUCACAGUCAAACUGCUGCAGCACUUCUGGUCCAUUUCUGGUUUAUCCAUGGAGCCCAGUAAGAUCUUGGAGGAGUUUCCGCGCUGGCUUGAGAGACUAUCAGCACGUCAUCAAGGAAACAUCAUUAUUAUCAUCGACUCAAUUGACCAAAUCCAGCAAGCAGAAAGACACAUGAAGUGGCUGAUUGAUCCUCUCCCAGUUAACGUCAGAGUGGUGGUGUCUGUCAAUGUAGAGACGUGUCCUCAAGCUUGGAGGCUGUGGCCCACACUGCACUUAGACCCACUUUGUCCCAGAGAAGUGAGGAGCAUGGUCAGUGCGGAGUGCCAGGGAGUGGAGCUCAAACUUACCAAAGAUCAGGAGAAGAAGCUUGAAAGACACUGUCGCUCUGCUUCAACCUGCAACACUUUAUACGUCACACUGCUUGCAAGAAUGAUCACCAGUGGUGGAUCUUGCUCAUCACUGGAGAAGAGCUUGGACCAGUGUCUGCAGUGCCAGGAUACCUUGUCCCUCUACCGCCUGGCCCUGAAGAUUCUGCUGAAGUCUCUCAGUACAGACAGAGAGCGACACAUAAUGAAAGAGAUGCUGUGCCUUGUGUUUGCCAGCCAUAAUGGAGUGAGUGAAUCAGAGGUAUCGGAUCUUUUCCCAGAGCUCGAGUUCCCUGUUCUGUCCUCUCUCCUCCACCACCUGAACAGAUGCUGCAUUGUAUAUGUUCGCUGUGGACUCAUCAGGUUUCAGCACCUGCAGGCUUGUGAAGCUGUGAGGCUGGAGUUCCUGAGUGGAGGCAGUAGCUCCAUCUCUUAUAGGGAGAAACUAAUCCAUUACUUCAACCAACAACUCAGCCAGGACUGUGUGACGUGGCGUGUUGCAGAUGAGCUUCCAUGGCUGCUCCAACAGCAGGAGGACAAAACUAAGCUACAGCUUAGCCUUUUGAAUCUUUUUGUCUCCCAAAACCUCUACAAGAGGGGGCAUUUCUCUGAGCUCUUGGCCUACUGGCAGUAUGUAGGUAAAGAUAAAAGUUCCAUGGCAGCCGAGUACUUUGAUUCUCUGAAACGCUACGAGAAAAGCUGCGAGUGUGAAGACGGCAUGACCAAGCUGGCAAACCUCUACGAGACCCUGGGCCGUUUCCUCAAAGACCUGGGCCUCCCCAGUCAGGCCGUGGCCCCUUUACAAAGGUCUCUUGAGAUCAGAGAGACGGGCCUAGAUCCGGAUCAUCCCAGCGUAGCGCGCUCUCUGCACCAGCUGGCUGGAGUUUAUGUCCAGUGGAAGAAGUACGGCAAUGCUGAACAGCUGUACAAGCAGGCCCUGGAGAUAAGUGAGAACGCCUACGGCCCUGAGCACGCCAGUGUGGCCAGAGAGCUGGAGUCACUCGCAAUGCUCUAUCAGAAGCAAAACAGGUAUGAACAAGCGGAGAAGCUCAGGAAGAGGUCAGUAAAGAUCCGUCAGAAGACUGCACGCCAGAAAGGUCAUAUGUAUGGCUUCACUCUGUUGCGACGCAGAGCCCUCGAGCUGGAAGAGUUAUCCCUUGGAAAAGACACUGCUGACUGCGCCAAGACGCUCAAUGAGCUGGGCGUCCUUUACUACCUCCAAAACAACCUGGAUGCAGCCAAAGUGUUCCUGGCCCGCUCUCUGGAAAUGCGCCAACGUGUCCUCGGCCCAGAUCACCCGGACUGCGCCCAGUCCCUCAACAACCUGGCGGCGCUGCACACUGAGCGGAGGGAGUACGAAACAGCCGAGGACAUGUACGAGCGGGCGCUGGAAAUACGAAAGAAAGCCUUAUCGCCCGACCACCCGUCCCUGGCGUACACUCUCAAGCACCUGGCCAUGCUUUAUAAACGCAGAGGGAAGCUGGACAAGGCAGUUCCACUUUAUGAGCUGUCCCUGGAGAUCAGGGAAAAAAGUUUUGGGCCCAAACAUCCCAGCGUGGCCACAGCGCUGGUCAACCUGGCAGUGAUCUACUGCCAACUGAAAAAGCACAGCGAGGCUUUACCGCUUUAUGAACGAGCACUGAAAGUGUAUGAAGACAGCUUGGGACGCUCGCAUCCCCGGGUUGGAGAGACCCUAAAAAACCUGGCUGUGCUAAGCUACGAGAAGGGUGACUUUGAGAAGGCGGCAGAGCUUUACAAGCGUGCGAUGGAGAUUAAAGAGGCAGAGCCGUCGUUAGUGUGUGGUAAUGCUCCGUCCCGCCACUCGUCCAGUGGAGACACGCUCAGCCUGAAGGGGCCUGCUCCCCUGCCACAUGCCCCUAGCUUUGGUCAGUCAAACCCAACUUUCCUAAUCCAGACUUCUUCAAACAGCUAUGUGCUCAGGAAGCAGCCCCCAGGCGAGCUGCUUCCAGGGGCUCACAAGGUGGACAGGGAGUACCGGGUGCAGACGGCCCUUUUCUCUGCUGGUUUCCCGGUGCCUCAGCCCCUGCUGCACUGCAACGACCCCCAAGUGAUAGGAACACAGUUCUACUUAAUGGAACACGUCAGGGGCCGUGUUUUCAGGGACCUUUAUCUCCCUGGAGUGAGUCCAGCCGAGAGAACUGCCCUGUACGUAGCUGCCGUGGAAGUGUUGGCAAAGAUGCAUUCACUGGACCUGGUGUCCCUGAACCUUGAAGGGUUUGGAAGAGGAAAAGGCUACUGCAGGCGACAAGUCUCCACCUGGACGAAGCAGUACGUUGCAGCAGCGCACCGAGAUAUUCCAGCCAUGAACGCAGUGUCUGACUGGUUGAUGGACAAUUUGCCAAAGGAAGAUGAUAAUGUCACGCUUGUCCAUGGAGAUUUCCGGCUGGAUAACUUGAUAUUCCACCCGUCAGAAGCACGUGUGAUAGCGGUCUUGGACUGGGAGCUGUCCACCACUGGGAACCCGUUGGUAGACCUGGCCUACUACCUCAUGCCUUACUACUUGCCUGCAAACCUCAAAAUUGCCAACACAAUGGGCAGUCUAAAAGGAAUAGAGGGUUUUCCAGCUGCCAGCGAUCUGAUUUCCAUUUACUGCGGGUGUCGAGGGAUCCAGGCUGCUUUGCCACCGCUGAAUUUCUACUUGGCUCUGUCUGUCUUUAAAAUGGCAGCAAUUUCCCAGGGCAUCUAUGCUCGCCACCUGCUGGGUAAUGCCAGCGCGCCCAAUGCAGCGGAGUUCUGCCACAGUGUUGAGCCUGCAGCCACGGCAGCCUUGCAGCUUGCCAAAAGGCCUCUCGCAGCUCCAGCCAAAGACAGACUGUUCCUCCAAACACCUAAAGGCCGGGCGGUUCUCCAGCAGGUCAAAGACUUCAUGCGACAAUACGUGCUUCCUGCUCAGGAGGAGGUUUCAGAGUACUACCUUAAAAAUGCUCAGUCCCCACAGAGGUGGCAUACCCCCCAAAUAAUAGAGGAUCUCAAGGUGAAAGCCAGAGAGGCCGGCCUGUGGAAUCUGUUCCUGCCUGCGGCCAGUGGACUCAGUCAGCUGGAUUACGCCUACAUUGCAGAAGAAACUGGACGUUGCCUCUUUGCCCCUGAAGUCUUUAAUUGCCAGGCUCCCGACACAGGAAACAUGGAGGUGCUCCACAUGUUCGGUACUGAGGAGCAGAAGGAGAAAUGGCUGGAGCCGCUCCUCAGAGGGCAGAUCCGCUCCUGCUUCUGUAUGACAGAACCCGAUGUUGCCUCCAGUGAUGCAGCAAACAUGGAGUGCAGCCUUGGCCGGGAUGAAGACAGCUACAUCGUAAAUGGCAAGAAAUGGUGGAGCAGUGGUGCAGGGAACCCCCAGUGUAAAGUGUCCAUUGUGAUGUGCAGGAGCAGCUCUGAGGAGGGAGGCAGGUUUUCCCGGCACAGCAUGAUCCUGGUACCGAUGGACACGCCGGGUGUGAAGCUCGUCAGGCCCAUCACCGUGUUCGGGCAGGACGAUGCCAUCCACGGUGGACACUUUGAGGUGCACUUUGAAAAUGUGCGCGUCCCUGCAUCCAACAUCAUUCUGGGAGAAGGGAGGGGGUUUGAGAUUGCACAGCGGCGGCUCGGACCCGGGCGGCUCCACCACUGCAUGAGAGCCGUCGGCGCAGCAGAGCUGGCGCUGGAGAUGCUGUGCCAGCGGGCCGCUUCCAGGCACACGUUUGGGAAAAAACUGUACCAGCAUGAAGUGAUUGCUCACUGGAUCGCAGAGUGCCGUCUUCUGAUAGAGCAGACACGCUUGCUGACCCUCCACGCUGCUCAAGCCCUCGACACUCUGGGUAGCCGGGCUGCUCGCAAGCAGAUUGCUAUGAUCAAAGUGGCAGCGGCCAGAAUGGCCUGUAAGGUGGUGGACUAUGCCAUUCAGGUACAUGGGGGUGCAGGGGUGUCUGGAGACUUCCCGCUAGCACAGAUGUACUCGUAUGUUCGGACUCUGCGCAUCGCUGACGGACCUGAUGAGGUGCAUCUCUCAUCCAUCGCCUCCCUGGAACUGAAAGAUCAGCUGAAGAGAGCACAGGCUAAGCUUUAAUGAUCACUUACCCACAUCAGCCUUAAUAAGCUAUAACAAGACAUUUACCAUAUUCAUCAUUGCUUUGAUUUAAACGUUGCUUAGUGACCAUUUACUUCUAAAUACGGUUAACAAUUAGGGAUUUAAAAGUUGAUAUUAACUUGCCGUCCAGAUAACGUUGUCAGAUGUCACAGGUGAGCAGAAGAAAGGGAAUUGCAUGUGACUACUUUUUCUGUUUUACAUGUCAUCUGUGACCAUUAAGAACUUGAAUGUGACUAAUAAUUUUUCAUUAAAACAUCAAUAUUAAUACUGUAAUUUGUAGUAGUCAUCUCCUAGUGUACACACCAGGGUUUUAUUUCAUCUUCAGGCCCCUUGUUUUUUGACUUUUAAACUGUUUUACACUCCAGGUGACCAUACAUUUGACUGAACUACAGCGAGUAGUUUUACUCAUCAUCCUGUAACCUGAAAUAAGAGCCUUUCCUGCCUUUUUUUUUUCCUUCUAUAUAUUUUAAGUCAAUUUCUGCCUUUAAUAUAUUACACGAGCCAAAUGAAUGAAUAGUGAAUGAUAAUAAAUAUUGUGCUGAGACUAUUUAAA